AUGAACCAAAAUCUGCAACUGCUAAAAUGCCCGGUUGUUCCAAGUGAGAGUUCAUAUGAAAUUAUAUCAGAAGGACCCAUAUCAAUAUGGUAUUACGGGAAAAGAGAAAAGAAAACUGAUUAUUACGCAUUUCAGGUAAUUCGAGAAGUGGUACCAAUGCUCUUUAUUACAUUUAAUCAUCAAACAUCAAUUAUCGCACAAUCUUCCUUACCCAUUUACAUCCCUAUCAAUAUAAACAUUAUUGUCGAUGGUAAAAAAGUACAAUUAUAUGUUGGCGAAGGUUGUCAAAUAACUAAUAAAGAAAACCAGAAAAAAUAUUUGACAAUUUCGAAUGCAGAAUUCGAAAUUCCAAAAUCGCGUAUUAUUGUCCUACAUUGUGCCGAUGUGAAACAACAAUUUCGGGAUGUCAUACAGGUGAUCAUCACAGACGGAAUGAUUGCUUAUUGUGGUGGCAAAAAUCAUAUACGACUAAAUGCCUCUGAUACAAAAAUUAUCGUCCUAAAGCAAUAA